AUGAAGUAUUUAAACGUCGCAGAGAAGAACGAUGCGGCAAAAAACAUUGCACAACACUUAUGUCGAGGGACUUCCCGAAGACGAGAAGGAUAUUCCCAAUAUAACAAAAUCUAUGAAUUUGAAACAGAGGUUAUGGGACAACAAUGCCAAAUGGUGAUGACCUCUGUUUCUGGUCAUCUUUUAGCAUUAGAAUUUGUAGGAGCAUAUAAGGGCUGGCAGUCCUGCAAUCCAAUGGUACUGUUUGAUGCUCCAGUUUUUAAAUACUGUCCUGAAAACUAUGAAAAAAUUAAGAAAACUUUAGAAAGAGAGGUCAGAGGGUGUCAAGGACUGAUAAUUUGGACAGAUUGUGAUAGAGAAGGGGAGAACAUUGGAUUUGAAAUAAUUGAUGUAUGUACUGCUGUGAAAAGUAAUCUUAGAAUAUUCCGUGCCAAGUUUUCUGAGAUCACAGCUGUGUCAGUAAGAAGAGCCUUACAGAAUUUGGAGCAACCAAAUAAGAAUAUCAGUGAUGCUGUUGAUGUAAGGCAGGAACUGGAUUUGCGGAUAGGUGCAGCAUUUACAAGAUUUCAAACAUUACGCCUCCAGAGAGUAUUUCCCAAUAAGUUAGCAGAGAGUCUGGUGAGCUAUGGUUCUUGUCAAUUCCCUACUUUGGGGUUUGUUGUUGAAAGGUACAGAGCUGUGGAAAAUUUUGUGUCUGAACCAUUUUGGAAAUUAAAAAUUAACCAUACAAUUAACAAUUUAAGUGUAGACUUUGCUUGGGAAAGGAUACGACUAUUCGACCGUGAUUCCUGCCAGGUCUUACACGAAAUUUGCUUAGAGAGUCCACAGGCCAAAGUGUGCGAAGUGAAAACGAAACCUAAGUCUAAAUGGCGACCGUUACCAUUAGAUACAGUCGAAUUAGAAAAACUCGCAUCAAGGAAGUUAAAAAUCAACGCAAAGGAAACAAUGCGUUUGGCUGAGAAAUUGUAUACCCAAGGUUUCAUAAGUUACCCUCGUACGGAAACCAAUGAGUAUCCUAAGGAAAUGAACCUCCCUCAGUUGGUAGGAUUUCAGACUGGAGAUCCCAACUGGGGUGCUUUUGCACAGAACAUUUUGGAUACCGGCGGCCCCACUCCUCGACAAGGCAACAAGAGUGAUAAAGCUCACCCUCCGAUACACCCUACAAAGUACACAAACAAUUUGUCAGGAAACGAAAAACUCUUAUACGAGUUCAUAGUGCGUUCCUUCCUCGCAUGUUGUUCGAAAGACGCCCAGGGCCAGGAGACGACAGUCACCAUAGAGGUUGCUAAAGAAAAAUUCUCUGCUAGUGGACUCAUGAUCACAGCACGGAACUACUUAGAAGUAUACCCUUACGAUAAAUGGUCAUCAAAGGAAAUUCAUGUUUAUGAAAAUGGACAGACAUUUAAUCCAACCAGUAUAGAUAUGCUUGAUGGUAACACGUCACCUCCAAAUCUGCUAACAGAAGCUGACCUUAUCGCUCUAAUGGAGAAGCAUGGCAUUGGAACUGAUGCCACCCACGCCGAACACAUAGAAACUAUUAAAAAUAGGUCGUAUGUGGCGCUGGCCGAUGCCAUACACUUCGUUCCGGGGCUUUUAGGAAUGGGGCUAGUGGAAGGCUACGAUGCGAUGGGCCUGACUAUGUCCAAACCGCACCUCAGAGCUCAGUUGGAGGCUGACUUGAAGGCUAUCAGUGAAGGUAGAAAGCAACCGCAACAAGUCUUAGCGGAACAGAUAGCAAAAUACAGAGAAGCGUAUGAAACGGUAACAAUGGAAGCCAACAAGAUAGAUACGGCAUUAGCUGAAAGAUUUUGUGAGCGACCGAAUGAAUAUGUGCCUACAGCUGAGACACUACCGAUUAAUAUGCCGGCUGCCAUGAAGUGUCCAAAAUGUGGAGCGGACAUGGUCGUACGUCAGAAGAAAAACAAUGCCGAUGAGUUUUACAUUAGUUGUAUGUCAUUUCCAAAUUGUAAAAACGCGGUCUGGCUACCGUCCAUAGUGAAAUCUAUCCAAGUGUUAUCAGAUACGUGUCCAACGUGUGGUCCAAACUAUAAAAUGUUAAAAUUUGAAUGGAGGAACAAUUCUAUUAGUCAUUUAUAUCCACCGCCAUAUACAACAUGCAUUGGUGGAUGCGAUACAACAUUUCUAGAACUAUUAAGAAUAAAUUUAGCGAGUGUAAGAGCAGUUUCUGACAGUAACAGACAAACACAAACAACAAACAGUACUAGGAUGCUAGCUAAUAAUAGACAAGUUACUAGUAGCAAUUGGACUAAUACGCGGCCUAGGGAAACUCCAGCGCCGGCACUGUCUGCAAGACAAAAUCCCAGUGUUAAUUCAACACAACCAAGACAAUUUGUACCUCCACCCGCUGCAAAUAUGAACAAUCAACCGAGGAUGCCAGUGCCACGGUCUUCUGGUAGUGGCAUGGGAACGGAUGACAAUAAUGUUAUCUGUGGAUGUAACCAGCCAGCAAAAUUGUUAGUUGUAAAAAAACAAACAGCUAACCAUGGUAAAAAAUUCUACAAGUGCCAAGUUGGAAAAGACAACGGUGGUUGUGAUUUUUUUCUUUGGGCUUCAGAGUCUGUCGAAAAUCAAGUACAAAACCCGUAUGAUACUCCACCGAGCAGCUCUUGGUCUAAUUCGACACCCAGUCAUUCCAGAGACAGUGCAGCAGAUAACAGUGACGAAGUCAAAUGUAAUUGUGGAAUACCGAGUAAAAAAGUAACCGUAUAUAAAGAAGGUCCAACUAAAGGUAAACAAUUUUAUGGGUGUACCAAAGAUAUGGGGUCAAGAUGCGAUUUCUUUCAAUGGGCUGACAGUGGAUCAGUAACAGAAUGGAGUAGCAGUUCAAGUAGUCGCGGACGUGGACAGGGAAGGGGAAGAGGACGUAGCGGAGGCAGUGGGGACGGCCCUCGGGGCGUUAGGCACUGUAGUCUCUGUAAACAGCCCGGACAUACGAGAACGCGAUGUCCUAAUAACAAUUCAUAA